GAAAAGUAAUAUAAAAAUGAAAUUGAAAAAAAGCACUGCCUCAUUCGGCAUUUAGUUUUACUUGAGUGGUAUGUGUGUGUUGUAUUUUAAACUGUAUUAUUAUUCUGUUUAUAAUUCCGAGCAUCAAUUUGGGAGUCUGGCGCAAACGCCGGUGACAUCACGCGGUGUUAUGAAGUGCUAUGGCGUACCAGGAAGAAGAGUCGCUUGAAUCCUGGCUCAAUAAAGCCACCCAUCCAUCAAACAGACAGGAGGACUGGGAGUAUAUCAUUGGCUUCUGUGACCAGAUCAAUAAGGAAUUGGAGGGUCCACAGAUAGCUGUAACUCUGCUCGUCCACAAAAUUCACUCACCGCAAGAAUGGGAAGCACUUCAGGCUCUGACAGUGUUGGAGGCGUGUAUGAAGAACUGCGGGAGGAGGUUUCAUAACGAAGUUGGAAAGUACAGAUUUUUGAAUGAGCUGAUUAAAGUUGUGUCUCCGAAGUACAUGGGUGACAGUGCACCUGAGAAGGUGAAGCUGAAGAUUGUAGAGAUGCUGUACAGCUGGACUAUCGCUUUUCCCAAUGAGGCCAAGAUCGGUGAAGCCUACCAGACGCUGAGAAGACAGGGCCUCGUGACACGUGAUCCAGAGUUACCGCUGGACAGGACUCUGAUUCCCUCUCCUCCGACACGACCCAAACACCCGGUGUUUGACAAUGAGGACAUGGGAAAACUGCUUGCUGAGCUUCUCCGCAGUAAAAAUCCAGAAGAUCUACAAGAAGCCAACAGAUUAAUCAAAAACAUGGUGAAAGAGGACGAGGCCCGAGUGCAGAAGCUCUCAAAGCGACUGCACAUGCUGGACGAAGUGAACAUCAACGUCAAGCUGCUGACUGAGAUGCUGUCCCACUACAAUAAAGACAGUUCCACUGACUCUGACAAGGAGAUCAUUAAGGAACUCUACGAACGAUGUGACAAGCUGAGGCGCGCUGCUUUCAAGAUGGCCACUGAGACGGAGGACAAUGACACCAAUUUAGGUGACAUCCUGCAGGCCAGCGAUGAUCUCUCCAGAGUCAUAAACUCCUACAAGAAGAUAGUCGAGGGGCAGCCAAUCAACGGAGACAGUGAGGAGCCUCGAUCCACAGCUGGUCACAGUGAGGGCGAGACCACAGAUACGUUGAUCGACCUUGCCGGCCUUGACACUCCGAGCCCUCCUCAACCCGCCCUCCCUCCCUCUCAGUCCUCACAACCUUUCUUCGGCAAUCCCACGGCUAACCCCAUACCCUUCCUCCCUCCUCCUCCCAAACGCCUUGCCGGAUCCCAUGGCAGUCAGAGCAGCAGCCCGAGCCACCCUCCCCUCGACAUGGCCUCCACCGCUCUCUCGCUCCUCGAUGAUGAGCUGCUGUCCCUAGGACUAAAUGACCCCCCUACCCCUCUGAGCAGCCAAUCAAAACCCAAGUUGAACGAAGUGUCCAAUCAGUGGACGUCCUUGCAGGCCCCGGCAUCCAGCGUGGAUUUGUUUGGCAGUGUAGCUUGUUCAGGUCCAGUGGUGCCCCCUGCUGAGCCGGCUGCCAGCGUUAACAGUCUCCAGAACCUGCAGGACCUGGCCAUGAUGGGCUUUUCAGAUCAAAAGAGUGUCAGUGGCCAGAUGACGGCCAGAGGAAGCAGCUUUGGGGUAACGCCUGCUGCAGCACUUCCUCUUGUUGCUGGACAUGGCUCUCCCUCCUCAGCCUCUCUUCUCCAGGGGACCAUGCCCGGCUCUCCUGCCCUGUCCCAUGCUAAGGUCCAGAGUCUGGGCUCGGCCCCGGGGAGCCCACUGUUCCGCUCUCUGUCUCCCUGCCCCCCUCCCCUCCAGGGCAGCCCGGCCAGAGCCACAGACAUCUCCCUGAGCAACGUGCACAUUCCUCUGGAGGCCAUCAGACCAAGUAAGGUGCUCCCUGUGACGGCCUACGAUAAGGAUGGCGUUCGUGUGCUGAUCAACUUUGCGUCCGACUGUCCCCCCGGCCGGCCUGAUGUGCUUGUAAUGGUGGUGUCCAUGCUGAACACAGCGCCCCUGCCAGUUUACAAUGUGGUACUGCAAGCUGCUGUACCCAAGUCGAUGAAGGUGAAGCUGCAGCCUCCAUCAGGAACAGAACUGGCACCAUUCAACCCCAUCCUCCCUCCAGCCUCCAUUACCCAGAUCAUGCUGCUGGCUAAUCCAGCAAAGGAGAAAGUGCGUCUGCGCUACAAGCUGGCUUUUACACUGGGGGAUCAUCCGUGCAAUGAGGUUGGAGAGGUGGACCAGUUCCCCACACCAGAGGCAUGGGGUCAUCUAUAGCAGCGUGCAGGCUUGCUAAUGCUCAGCAGGGACAGACUGGUUCAUACUCCAUGAAGGGGUGUGUGUGUAUUCACAGGCAUCCUAGAGAGAGAAAAAGGAGAGGAGGCUGGGGAAAUUCUGCAGCGUUGUUACAGCAACAAUAACUUUCAGCUUCACAUUCCUCUUAGUGGUUCUUCAUUUUCUGGUCGUUGUUGUUCCUGGCAGUGAGAUAUUAACAACAGACGCUAAACGUUUUAUUCAUGCAGAGCUUAUGCUUUUCUGCAGAUAGCUGAGAAAGUAAAGAUAUACGCUGGUGAGUGAGUUAGUCGUGGUGUUUAAAGGCCGAUGGAACUUUUAUGGAUUUUACUGAAUGUACUUUAAAUAAUUUAAGCAUUAGAAUUCUGCCUCAGACUGAAAUGUUGCACUGCAGCGUCACAAGUGUUUUUAAAAGAAGUGAGCCUCUGCAUUAACAGAGCCUAAGAGACAAUGGUUGUGCUUUUAUUUAUUCCUCUGAACACUUAACCAGCCUUCAAAUAAAAAAUACUUGAAUAUUUCCAGAAAUUUGGAGACUAGGAUCUAGAUUUCUGAGGAUGGAGUUGCACUGGAAAAUAAAUGGUUUGAUUGAAAAGUACUGUCACAUAUUCAUUUCUGCAGGAAGAUAGUGGAAUGAUAUGUACUACAUUAUUAUCUUAGCAUCAGGAUUUUUGACACAGGUAAAUAAACUGUUGAAAAAUUGUACAGGCUAAUGUAGCCUUGUUCUCGAUUGAUGGACAAACAAUGUUAAAUACUGACGAGUAAAUGGAAAAGUGAGGCUAUAUACACAGAAUUUAAUUCAAAAAGCCCUCAGUAGAGAGCAUUCAAUUCAUCCAGGCUUCACCAAAUUAUUACAUUCAUAGAUAUCAGUUCCCUAAAUAUGCCUGAUUUUUUUUCAACAAUGUCCAUAAAUUAUUUUCUGAGAAAUCAAGGAAAAUGUCAAAAAAUGUUGCAAACUUAAAGAAAGUGACUCCAACUUUCAUGGUUAUCGGUUAAUUAGUUUUUGUGCAAUCCUGCAAAUAAACAAACCAACAACCGGACAGGGGUGAAAACAUCACACCCCCCAUAGGUAAUAAUAGACAUUCCAGGAGUUAAGUCGACUGAAAUCAACACUGGUUUGAUUUAAUGUGAUCAGUUUUUCCUUUUGAAAAUAAAUUAAAAGGUGAUUUACUCAGUGUGUCAGCACUUCAGCCAUGAUUGUGUAUUUAAAUAUGUUUACCAGUCUCAGUAUUGGGAGUAUUUUAUUAUCAUAUUUAUUAUUUUCUGUUUUAGCGUUUCAGUGCAUCACUGAAUCUAGAAAAUGUGAAGUGGAAAACUGAGUUUGGGAGAUCUGUCACCAGGCAGAUCAUUUAGCAGUGUGUAACAGUGGGACAGUCCUCAGCUUAUCGUAUGGGAUGUACAUUAGUAUGUGUUUAAUGUACAUAGUAUGUAAUGUAUGUGAAGUUAAUGUAUGUAAGUUAUGUGAACAUGUGACAUGUAGUUUUUGGGAGAGUGUUUGGUCUGUACAUACUGUAUGAUGUGCCAUUUGUUCGGUGCAUGAAAUAAAAUAAAUAUUUC